ACUACCCCCGUGUGGGCGGCGGAACGUCCCGAGGAUGACGUGCGGCGUUCUCGAAUCCCGUGCCUCGCUCGCCCGCUCGCCGCUGCCGGAGGAAACGGGGAAAAGCAACAAGGAGGCAGGAGCCGGAGCGGCGCCAUGGCGGCCCUGGAGCGGCCCGUGCCCAGCCCCGAGGCGUUCCUGGGCCAGCCCUGGACCGCCUGGGUCCGCGAGGCCGCCCCCCCGCACGCGCACGGCGCCGCCCCCCCGCACAGUGUCGACGUAGAGGAGCCUGGAAAAGAGGGUGGGAAAAGCCGUGAGGUGAUGAGGCUUAAUAAAGAAGAUAUGCACUUAUUUGGCCAUUAUCCAGCUCAUGACGAUUUCUAUCUUGUAGUGUGCAAUAUCUGCAAUCAGGUAGUCAAGCCACAGGUUUUCCAGUCACACUGCGAACGGAGACACGGUUCAAUGUGUAAACCUUCCCCAUCUCCAGCUUCUCCACCCUCCAAUCCCAGGACAUCACUAGUACAGAUGAAACCGAGAUCCUGUAUCAGUGGCCAUAACCCUGUCAGCAGUAACUCAAAGCCAUUCAAAACGCCCAAAGACAAUCUACUUACCUCCAGUAGCAAACAGCACACUGUCUGUCCUUCGAAAGUAUCACGGGAUAAACCCUGUGUUCCUGUUCCUGUAGUCAGUCUAGAGAAAAUUCCUAACCUAGUGAAGGCAGAUGGUGCCAAUGUUAAAAUGAAUUCUACAACCACUACCACCAUCACCUCCUCCUCAGCCUCUUCAUCCACCAUACCUGCUCCAACUUUGGUUAAAUGUGGUUUGACAUCUAAGUCAGUGCCACCAUCACCAGAAAAGAUUCUGAACGGCAAAGGAAUUAUAGCUCCAUCAAUAGACAAGAAACAUCAAAAUGGCACUAAAAGCAGUAACAAGCCUUACAAAAGAAUCUCAGAAAGAGAAUUUGACCCAAAUAAGCACUGUGGAGUACUGGAUCCUGAAUCAAAGAAACCUUGCACAAGAUCACUCACCUGCAAGACUCACUCACUUAACCAUCGGCGAGCGGUUCCAGGCCGUAAAAAACAGUUUGACAUCCUUCUAGCUGAACAUAAAGCUCGAUCCAGGGAAAAAGAAGGUGCAAAAGACAAGGAGCAUCCACAGUCUAUAAGGGAAAGCCAUCAGAGCCAACCCACACCAGCACAAGAUUCUCUGUCAGGAUCUUCAGUGACCUCUGGACAAGAAACAAAAGUAACGUCUCCUGCAAAAUCUAAACCACCCAAUUCUUUACUUCCUAGACCAUCAUCUGCAAACAGCAUAAAUAGCAACAGUUCUUCAAACCAUAGUGGGUAUGCAGCAGACCUGCCACUGCCUUCUGGGGGAGGAGACAUCGCUAGUAGAUUGUCCAGUGAUGAAGGAGAAGUGGAUGGUGCUGAAGAAUCUGAGAAGUUAGACUGUCACUUUUCCAGCCACCAUCCCAGACCUCUUGGGUUUUGUUCAUUUGGCAGCCGUUUAAUGGGAAGAGGCUACUAUGUAUUUGAUAGAAGAUGGGACCAUUUUCGAUUCGCACUAAACUCCAUGGUGGAAAAACACUUGAAUUCACAGAUGUGGAAGAAAAUCCCUCCUGCGGCAGAUAGCCCCAUGCCUUCUCCAGCAGCACAUAUCACCACCCCUUUUCCGGCAUCAGUUUUACAGCCUUUCAGCAACCCCAAUGCAGUGUAUAUUCCUUCAACACCCAUCAACUCAAGAAUCACUUCUUCUUACAUAAUGACAUCAGCCAUGUUAUCAAAUACAGCCUUUGUGACAACGUCGGAUACGAAUUCCAUUAUGUCACACACCACAGCUUUUCCUCAUGUGGCCGCGAGUUUAAGUAUCAUGGACUCAACUUUUAAGGCGCCAUCAGCUGUGUCACCAGUGCCAGCAGUCAUCCCUUCCCCAUCCCACAAGCCAUCCAAAACAAAAACCAGCAAAUCCUCAAAAGUCAAAGACCUGUCCUCACGUAGUGAUGAGUCUUCAAGUAACAAAAAGAAAAAGCCGCAGUCCUCUUCCUCCUCAUUAUCUUUGCAGACAUCCUCGUCUUCAUUUUCAGGGUCCCACAAAAAGAACUGUGUCCUGAACCCUAGUUCAACUUUGAACUCCUAUCAGGCGACAUCUUCCUAUAACAGUAUGUCUGUGCACAAUACAAAUAAUGGAACAAGCCCACUCAGUGCCAAAUCGGAGCCCUCAGGACGGACUUCAUUAUCAAGUAGCUCAACAGACUCAGUAAAGCAUAUGAGCAUGGUAGUAAGCAGUAUUGACUCCUCUAACUUGUCUGUAUCCUCUCUUGUGCACCAUUCAGGGGACCACUCCCUUGCAGCACACAAUGCAGUGUCUUCUCUACCCCUUUCUUUUGACAAAUCAGAAGGAAAAAAACGUAAAAACUCUAGUUCUAGUAGUAAAGCCUGUAAAAUCACUAAAAUGCCUGGUAUGAAUAGUGUUCACAAAAAGAGCACUGCCAACCUUAUUUCUACGGUGCCAGAUCCUACAAACAGCUCCAUCUCUCGGCAGAUUGGAAAAAAUAGCAGUGUAGCUUUGUCACAAUCCAGUCCUUCAAGUACGUCAAAUCCAGUACACAACAGACAAAAGACGUCAAACCGGACUGGCAGAAUAAGGACUCUUCCAUAAGAAUGAAACGGAACCAGCUGAUAAUCUCUAGCUCUCAGCAGCCCUACUCCACAGGGUUUUUAUUUUCUGUCCUGCAGGUGGAUUUAACCUUUUAUCAAUUUGUGGUUUUAAAGAAAAUUUUAAAUUUACAGAAAACUGUACUAGUGCUUUGUUUAGUUUCUCACUUAGUAUUUGCCACUGAUCUGUGCAUUCUGCUUUGUUCUGUUUCACGACUUUUCAAGCUGUUAGUAUUGCAUUGCUCCCUUUGUUUCCUACAGCACUGACAGUGGACAUUCCAGAAUAAUCUAAUUCAUGGUUUGAAUUUAUUUUCAGUUGUUCUCCAAACUGCUUGUCAUUACCUAAAAACUACAGUAAUCUCUCUAUUUAUGCUUGUCCUAUGGAUAAGAAAUAUUACUGAGUGCAUUUCUCAGCAGUGUGUAACAAUUGGGGCACUGCAACUGUAGAGAAUAAUCCUGGUGGGUGCUCAACACCUCAGCUCCCGUUGACUUCAGAGGGAGAUCCAAGUGCUCAGCAUUCAGGGGAUAAACGUCUUAAGGAAUCUGUACUCCAGUCAAGGCAUAGACGAUUUAUGCACCUAACUCCCAUUAUUGUUAGUAGGAACUCAACAUGAAAAUUGGCAGGAGUCUAGGCCCUUAAGAUCAAACUAAUGGUUUGCUUCAUUAAAUGAUCUGGAUGCAAGGACAAGAGUUAAGCAGAUUGGUUUGCAUCAGUAGAAUUGCACUGACAGUGUUUUCUUAUAGGAUUACUGAAUAUUUUUUUUUUUUUUUAUAAAAUGUAGAUUUUAUAAUCGGGAAGUUGAUACUAGGUACUGGAACACUAGUUCAGAGGAGUUAAUUUUUAUUUCUACAGUGUUAAAAGUGCACUUAUGCUGGUUUAUUUACAUCUUGGGGAAAGGAGAGAGACUGCAAAUAGUAGGGAGAUUAUUACUACUUUCUUUUUUAAAAAAAGAAGGCUUAAGGCAGAUUUUAAAACUUAUAAAAUGUUUAAGCAAUUAUAAACAAGGCUAGACCCUUUGAAAAAAGUUUAGAAGAUAUUCUUAAAGUAAAUUUUUAUAGUGUUAAUUUUGUAAUAAUUUAUGUUUUGCUAUAUUUCGGAGCUAACUGACCGGAAUAGUUUCAGAAACAGUAUGAAACUUAGGAAAGUUGAAGCAAUGUUUAUAUUUUUAAGAUGUUCUUUGAAUUAUGUUUUUAUUGUACAUUUCUUCAGACUGAAAAAAUGUGUACAUAUCUUUGUUAUUUUUGCACAAUUUUUGUCUUGUUUAGUUUUAGGAGCAGUACUAUGUUGAUUUUUUUUUUAUUUAUUUUGAGUUGUAAAACUGCAGGAUUUUAAAAAUCUCAGUAACAAAGUCACCCUCUAAUUAAUCAACUGUCACUUCACCUUUGGAGGGAAACAAGUGGUUGUGAGAUUCAGUGGCUGCUUCUGAGAAAUAAUGCUAGUCAAUGACUGAAGGAGUGAGCAAUUCAGUAGUUUUAAGAAGUUUUAGCUCUUAACAUGCAUCUUUUAAUUGGAAAGCUGGAAUAUGGAGACUGUCCUUUGAAUGCUGCUUUAUAUGUAUUUUUGAACUGGCUUAGACCUGACAGCAUUUCGGGAAAGCUAAGCAUCAAGUGAAAACCCCAUGGUAUUUCUUCCUUCAUACAGAAUCAUUAUUUAAUUUUCUAUGUAUUAAAAAAUCAGCCUGAAAAGUGAAAUGGAAAUAAACAUUUUAAAAAUGGAUAUAAACUGGACCAGCCUAUAAUGCAUUCUUAGUGUAGCAUUCACUCAGCAGUUCUUUUUCUCCCCCAUUUGCCUGAAGAUCUUGUGAUUCGUUUCCAGCAAUAGAGGCUCAGAAGCUUUGGUUGUUACACAUACGCAAUGCAUAGGCCCGUCAGCCAUAAAAAGCGACUUGGAUAACUUGUAUGCCUUCUUUUGUAUCAAUGUAACGAUUGUAAAUAAUGCUGAUCAACCUUUGUAGAGAAUAGUUUAUACAGCAUAUUCUAUUACUGCUGAUUCUCAGUGAACUCUUGUUUUAAAAAAGAAAAAAAGAAAUUUUUCUAUUUACACCUUAUAUUUUGUUAUGCUGUUGACCCAUGGCACUUUAACAAAACUCUGUGGGUUUUGCAUAGCUGGUCAGUCAUGGGGUAUAUUAAAUAACUUGUUGCACAGAAACAAAUUUGCACCUGCUCUAUUGUGCUUUCCUACUACAGAUUUUAGAACCUUUUCCAGAAGACUUUUGAAGAAAGCAUGUCCAAUCAUUCUAAAGAAAAAAUGCCAUACUUGUACAGUCAAUUUCUUUUCUACAAUCCAUAUUUUGUAACACUAAGUAUUUUCAUUCUUUGUCCUGCACCUUUAUGUAUUAGCAGUAUCAAAUAGAGUUCAUUCCAUGCUUGUGAUAAUUGUAAGCAGAGUAAAUGUCUAAAGUAGGUGUAAAUAGUAAAUUCUAUGGCUUACAGUUUAAAAAAAAGGAAAAACAGAACAAACCCGUAUCUGAUUGAUACUGCCAUGGUUCAACACCAGGCCUGGAGAUAUUCUCUAGUGAGCGAUUGUAUUUUUUUUGUUUGUUUGUUUGUUUGUUUGGGGUUUUUUGCUUUAUUAUUAUUAUUUUUUUGUAACAUGGCUUUGUAAAUAAAAUAAUUUAUAUGUUUGUAAGAAAUAAA